CCUGCUGCGGCCGUCCCGGGCCCGCCGGUGCUUCCGAGGGCGGCAGGCUUCCCGAGCCGGCCACGGCGCCCUAACAUACAUGAUUACAUUUAUAGAGAGAGGUGCAUAUGAAAGGGUACUUAGGCUGACCUCGUAAUGAGAAACGAGGCAAUUCCUGCUGGCCAAGGGAAUGUUUUCUGCGCAGGUACGCGAUGCUCCGCUGCUGGCUGUGACAGACCCCGGCCGGGUGCGAAGGUGCCCGACCUCCCAAAAAGGAGAGAGUGGCCCGGUGGUCCCUGGGCUCUGCACCAGGCUGCUCACCUGCAAGAACAGACCAUGCCCAGGCCCUGCCGAGGCUCCCGUGGCAGCAUGUUAGAUCCCAAGGAGGAGCGCUUUACAGAGAAAUCAGUGCUUGCCCAGGCAACAUUUGUUUUUGAAAAGAAGGAUCGUUCUUUGAAGCGGCCUGCAGAAGACCCAGUUUGCAAAGCUGAAAAUGAUUUCAUUAGCUGUUCCAGAAAACGUGCAAGAUCAUCAUCUUUGACUUUCCAGAAGUCUGACUCUCAGUCUAGCACUGAUACAGCUCUCACACAGAAAAGAGGGAGAUCAUCUUCGUUUAACAUCCUUCCAAGUUUUCCUCCCUCCCAGACAGUAAAGAAGAAUAACAUAUUCAUGACCUCAGCUCUUCUUCAAAGAAAUCCUGACAUCAUCAAAACUACAAGAGAAGGAUCCUUGUCACCAAGUCAAUUGUGGAAUGUCAUUAGACCUGCCACUUUACAGCCCCCACAAGCCCUGACCUGUCCUGAAAUUCCUGUAGUAUCUCUAUUGACUAAGAAAGAAGCAUGUGUUCAGAUAUCUGAAGACAGCUCUUAUUCAUCAGCUGAGAAUUCAUUAAAUUCCAAAACUGCAGUGGGGUCAUCUACUACCAUGAAUCUUUCCAGCUCUCAAAAAACACAAAGUCAGUUGCUCAAAGAAAGAAGUGUACAAAACAGCAGCAAUUCUGAUUUUGUCUUUGGGGAAAACAUGGUUGAAAGAGUUUUGGUUGGAUCUGCACAUGCUGGCAGACUUUUUAUCAAGAGUCCUGAGAGGCAUCUCAAGUCGUGUAAUGAAGCUGAUCCACACAAAGGAGAAAUAACAUCCAUCUCCACAGGAUCUGCUCAUGUUGGGCCACAAACAAAAAGAGCUCUGUUGAGGAAUGCAACACUACUUGAAUCAGCAGCUGCUUGUAUUUCUAAGCCAGUGGAGAAAAUCCUUUUAGAUAAAGUUGAAGUUAUAACUGGAGAAGAAGCAGAACACAAUGUAUUGCAGAUAAACUGCAAGCUCUUUGUAUUUAAUAAGCUUUCUUUAACCUGGACUGAAAGAGGCAGAGGAUCCCUGAGGCUUAAUGACACUUCUAGCAAUAAGCAUGGAAUGUUGCAGUCAAGGCUAAUUAUGCGAAAUCAAGGUAGCUUGAGACUGAUUCUCAACACCCAACUCUGGGAACAAAUGGUUAUAAAAAGAGCAAACAGAAAGAGCCUGUGCUUCACUGCAACAGAUCAAGAGGACCAUUCUGUUCAAGUAUUUCUAACUCAGGCAAGCUCAAAAGACACUGAACACCUGUAUGCAGCAAUACAUCAUCGCCUUGUGGCCUUGCGAAGCUUUGCUGAGCAAGAGCCAGAUGCUCAUCAAGUAGACACAGAGUCAGAAACAGCUUUUCAGCCAUUAAACUGUGAUAGUGAUGAUGAUGAUGAAGAACUAACUGAAGUGAGCAGCAAUGGAUCUGAGAAUUCUGAUACAAAUACUCAGAAGGCAGCCAGCAAACAGAUUCUGAAACGUAUCAUUCUAGAUGGAACGGCAGGCGGUCUGUUGUCUGUUCAUGAUAUCUGCCAGAGGUUACAACAUCUCAGUUGGGAACUCAUCUUCCCAAAAUGUCUAAGCUGACUCACCAGCCCCUGGAGGGAGGAAAUCAGAUGCAUAUUACUUUAUGACUUUUAAGUAGAGAUUAAUUUUAGAGACAGCUUAAGUUUAAUUUGUUGAGAAAGAACUUCAGGUGCACUAUUGAGGAUUCCAGGCAGCCUACUUUGCACUGAGCUGUGAAUAAUAUGAUGGCUUCCAAUAGUCAAGAACUGGUACAAAGACUUGCAAUGUUAGAAUUAAAUAUAUUUAGAUACAUUACUAGAGUAAGGAUUUUUAUAGGGAAUAAGUACUUGUUCAUCAUAUUGAUGGAUAAUACCACAUAAGCAUGAACUAAUAAUAUAUGUGAACAGAUAUUUGUUACUUUUAGUCUGUUAUUUAAAAGAUGCACUUGGAAAGCUUUAAAUAGGGCUUCACUGAAAACAUUUAUUUAAAUUGUGUGGUAACAUUCAGCAUCCUGUUUGUGAGUACAUACAAGCAAAACCUGGGGUGGCAGUUUAGCAUGAUCAAGGCCUAUAAAAACCAGCCUUCAUACAAGAGGUUUUACUUAAGGUUUAUUUUGAAAAUAUCUGAAGUGGUAUACUGGCUGCAGAAUUUUGUUAAAGGGGAAAGAACUAUGAUCUGCAUCUUUCAGCUGUACACACCAAAAGAAUUUGCCAUGAAGAAGUAAAAUCCCAUUCUAAGGGCCAUAUGAGCUUUAAAAUUUAAAGUGUAUCUGGUUGCUCAUGAACACCUUUCUAGCUGAACAAAAUAAGCACCUGCGCUUGUGUAUAUUAAUUGUCCAUUUGAUAUACACAAAUAAAUGCAUGUACAGUACAAUGGGAUAUCUACAUUAAAAAAAACCAACAAAACCUUAAAUGUGUGAGAUUAUCUGAGAUACUUCUGCCUUAGUUGUAGCUAUUCCUAACAGCAUCACUCAUAUGAGUAUGUUAUACAUUCUCAUGUGCACAAUAAUUCCAACAGUGGCCAGGACAUGGUUGGUUUGUAAAAGUCAUUCCACAGACUACUGCGUUCUACUAAAGUAUUUUUCUGAGAAAAAAAUCUCCAAUUCUCUCUAAUACCUGUGAACUAAGACUUGCGGGGUCAUUCAUAAGCCCAUGCACAGUAAGAUACACCACUUAUGUUCCACGUUUUCAUUCUGUGAAAGAUAGAAUUUGUCUGCAAUCACUACCUUCUGUGAUAUCUUGCAUAUUGUUUGUCAACCUCAGAGCUAAAACAAUGUUCUGAAAUAUCUCAAGUCCUUUUAAUUAAGGUAAUUGUUAUGAUUUCUCAAUCUAAAAAAAGCUGCAGCACACCUGAACAGUCAAGUUACAAUUUGAAAUGAAAAUGUUUAUGAAGUCAGAACAACACUAGGUUCUUCCUGAAUUCUCAGUGCACUGCCAAGAUAAGCAUCCAGAUGAAGCUGAAAUAGUUACCUGAAUUACACUGAAUCCUCAAUGGCCCACCAAAAUUAGCACUUGUCUGACAUUGAUUUAGCAUCUGGAUGACAGUAAAUUUAAGUGGAACUUGAUUUUUGCCUUCAGGAAUCAGGGAGUGCUUCCCAGUAGAGCACCUGUGUCCAAUAGUGAAGCACAGGGAUUCUCUUUGACUUCAGCCUGCCAACAAAAAUAUGCUUUCCAUAACGAGCUGUACAUUGUGUCCUUUGUUAUCAGCCUCACUCAUGACCACAGCAAUAUUUACAUCACAUUACAUAUGACCUUCAUAUUUCAUUGCUGCAACUCAUCCUCAGGGACAAAGCUCCAUGUUAUAAAAACUCAGGCAGUUGUAAAACACAGCAGCCCUGUGUAUUUAGCAACAGGUCAUGGUGAUAAGUUUGCCCUGGAGUUCAGCUGGCUAUGCACUGAACGCAGAGUUUGAUUUCAAAGUCUGUCCUGAUAAUCAAAGCUUUCUGUGAAACAGUAUUUAAGCACAUGAGUGUCAUGAUAACCCUCUAAAUUCUACUACAGCAGUUAAAUCCUUGGCAAAUGAGGGAGGUUUCCAGGGCAGGGACAACAGAACUUUUUCAGACACAAGACUUACACUUUGUAAUUUGUUCCCACAGCAUACAGAACAAGGUUUAUAAAUAAAUGCUCUUUGAUCUGCCUCUUCCCAAGAUCCUUACAUGUAUACACAAGUAUACAUAUAAACACACACACUUUUGUGCACACACACUCAAAAUACGAAGCUUCAUGUCCUAAAAGCUGAGGAGGAAAAGAGAUGUUUAUUUUAAAGACAUUGGAUACUUUGGUAAUAGAGGAAAAAUUUUUGCUCUGAAGACCCUACUUGCGUGUUCUCUUUAGUCUCACUGCAGUAAAAUUCACUGUUCCUCAAGCCUGAAGGUACACCAGUAGGUAAUGUAUUGGUUUUAAAAAUGUAGUUUGUCAUUUUAUGACACCUGGAGAACAAUUUCCAUGCAUCAACAAUAAACAAUUUUCUUACCACUUAAA